GAUUUUUUUAUGCCUACAGUUAUGAAUUUGAUUCUCAGGUUUUUGUCUUCUAUUCUAAUUCUUCUUAUACAUGAAUGGAAUAAUUUCAUGGAAAGAAUUAAAUGCAAAAGAGAAACUAAAGUUUGGGGAAAUGAAGAAAAUGGUCUUCAACUUCGUCAUUGUGCCUCUCUUAGAGGCAGACACUCGAACAGUUAGAGGCAUGCUGUAUUAUAGGAAAGCUUUGAAGCUUCAAGCAUUCCUAGACAUGGCUUCUGAAUCUGGUGCCACCAAGAGACGUGCACGCACUCAUUUACUCAAGUGCUCUAAUUUCAUGUCAUGCCUCGCCGAUUUUCCUGUCAAGUGCACCCAACUGUCACUGAUUCUGCCUUACCUUUACUUCCGAUGCUCAUUACUUACAUUUUACAAUUCAUUUGCUCUAAAUUUCUUGUUCUUAUUCAGUUACUUUGUACUUAUGAUUGCGGAUCAUUUCAGUGCUUAGAGACUUGCAACUCAGGACACUAUAGUGCAUGAUACUGCCACGACGUGCUCCAGACUCCGCCCGAGCCGUGUAUGCACUCCGCCAUCGCCGCACAUGUCCAUCUUCAUCGACUUGCAUCCUAUCAAAUCUUUCAUGGACUUGCGACCACGCCUUAUUUUUCCGUAGCAUGCACCGCUGCCAUCCUGUACAUACAUGUACAUGUACCAAGCAAAGAUAGCCCAUCGGAGAAUUCCUCUAGUAGCCUUCCUAUGCACAAAAUCAAAAUUUCAAUUACCCUUGCUCACGUGCAGCCCCAAACCUUCUCCAUCCUGCUCUUUGGCUUGCUCCCGAUGAAUAGCUACACACACGGUACCUGACGCCCUUAUUUUCCUUUAACAAAUCUCAGGCAGCCACAAGUCAAACUCACGAUCUGCUUCCGUACGCAACCUGCUCGCUCACGCAGCUCGUAGCACUUACCAUUAGCCGGCUCCGCCUCGGCCUUUCUUACUGGGCCUUGGCAGCCAGCGCCGCCCCGGCCGCCCCGCUUGGGCCACGCCUUAGGCCCCGCUGGCCCUACCUGCUGGCUGCUGGACGGCCUAUGCCACUGCCGUGCGCCAUGCCUGGUUGCAUCCCGGGCUCCCAGCGUAACCCUGCCGCCGCCAUCAUGAACAGAUCGAUCCCAUCGCUCACGAAGACGCCGUUCCCAUGUACAUGCCACCCGAGCCUCCAGUUCGAUCGAAAUCCUACGAGUUCCACGCUGACACAUCUACGUGCUUCUCACGCCCGAUCAAUCCGCCGCUGCCUCACGCUGCCACGCGCGGCUGUCCUGCUGCGACUUCGAUCGAUCUCGCCAAGAACUGUUGCUGCGAUUGUCUGCUGCUUCUGAUUGCUAUUCCACCGCUACCGAUCCUGCCGAUGCCCUCGAUCGCCUCGUGACGAACAAAACCAGCAUACGGCUCGGCCUCCUCUAAAUCAACAAUUCUCGCC